GCAACUGGUGUGCCACAUGGCUCAGUGUUUUCUAUUGUGUAAAGGUCGCCAACUUUGCCAACCCUCUCUUCCUUUGGCUGAAAGCAAGGAUCAAUAUGCUUCUACCCAGGCUGCUUGGACUGUCCAUAGCUGUUUUCAUGGUCUCUUAUCUUCCUUCACUUGUUGAUUAUUUUGGUCACACAAAGUGGUGCAAUGUGACAGAAACUCUGCCAGAGAACGCCAGCCAAAUAGAGGUUUGUUUCAUGGCUCCCAUUACUUUUCUUCCCAUUCAACUUUCUUUUUAUGUCAUAAAUUUGUGCCUAAGCACAAUUGCAUCCAUUCUUUUGCUUGUCUCUCUGUGGAGACACACAAGAAAUCUCAAGAAAAGUGAUUUUGGUGUUAAGGACCUCAGCACUCAGGUCCACAUUAAAGUCAUGGCAUUUUUGUUGUUCUGGAUCUUCUUCUAUUUUGUAGAUUUCAUUGCUCUGAUAGUUUAUGCUGGCCUCAACAUUGGGACAGAUUUUGGGCUAGUUCAAGAACUGCUUGUUGCUAUUUGGAUGUCUGCAUUUCCUUCUGCACACUCUAUUAUAUUAAUAUUAACCAAUCCUAAACUGAAAGAAAUGUGUAUUUGCAUCAUAAAAGAAAUGUAUGCUCACAUCAUAAACAUCAGACACAGUACUUUCUAA